AUGGAGCACCGGCAGGCGGAGUACGGCUCCUGUGGGCACUGGGAGUACAAGGCCGGCAAGGUGGGCAUCACUGACGCAGCCGCUGGCGCGGGGCAGCAGCUCUUCGCAGACCUGGACCUGGAUGGGGACGGGCGCAUCGACCGACUAGAGCUCCAGCGUGCCUUGCAGCGGGUCGGCGUUGAGGCCACUUUGGAGCAGGUGGACGACAUGCUGGAGGCGAGCGGCAUUGAGCGCAUUGAGCGGUGGGUCACGGUGGGUCAAUCGCAGCUGGGCCAGGGUCACUGA